CAAUCCUAUUUAUAUAUUCACUGAACGUCCACAACAUUUGAUUUGCGACGCCUCAAAAUAUAAUUAAAAACCUUUUUAUUUAGUUUUUAUUUACCAAAGUAACAAUACAAGAUGGAAAAAAGCGAGUAUGAAAUACAGCACUUCAAUUUUUCUGUGGAACAGUUUUCAUUAGAGCGGCGGCAUUAUUUAAAUAAGAUAUUGUCGCUAACACUCCAAUCAAUCGUGAACAAAUUAUCCACUGAUAAUGACGAUACCACAAUAUCUUUACUAGAGCAGAAGGAAAAAGUUAAAAGCAAAAUGCUUAGUGACAUGGAACAACAUCUCUCUGUUAUUGAGAAAAUGGAUUCAAGGAAUUUUUCCAUACCAGAUUAUGUUCUGUUAGCCACAGACUAUGAUCAUUCCAAGCAAUAUACUGAAGAAGAUGAAAUGAAUGCUGAUAGAAAGUUAGCACAAAUGAAACAGGAAUUUUUAGAGAACUCUGUAAUGAUAGCAUCUUUGAAAAUGGAAAACGCAAAAUAUGAGGAAAUAAGCAAAGAGAUGGAAAGUGAAGAGAAAUUCUUGGCACAAAUUCAAAAGACAUUGCAAGGCAUAGAAUCUCAAUGGGAGAAGGUAAACCAUUUGGCUAAAGAAACUGAAAGUUUGGAACGUUAGAAAGUAUAUAUGCAGUGCAAUAAGGACAUCGAUGGAUUUCCUGUAUAUUCGAUAAUUUGACAUCAGUUUAGAUUUAUGAUUGGUUAUUUAUGCUUUGCUUUGCUUCUAAGCAUUGAAAAUAACAAAUAAUGUACUUCUAAAUUUAUAACGGAAAAAUAAAUUAUAUUACUGAAACUAAUUGUACAGUUUUUGACUAUAAAUUACAAGUUCCGCAGAGGUUGAUUAUCACGAAAUGAGAAGAUUUCAACAGUAUUUAAAAGAUAUUGCUUCUUAGCGACUAUUUCUGUGUAAGUUCAAAAAUCAUCGUUGCUAGCAAAAGUAAUAACGGUUUAAAGUCACGACCAACUACAUGCAUAUCUACAAAUUUACACAAUAAUAUACAAUGUAAUAUAAUAACUGUUUAUUUACAACAAAACACUACCCUUUAUGAUAUAUGUACAUACAAGUUUCAACGUCUAAACUAUACCAAAAUAGAGGCACUUGUACGAAUGUGGAAUUUUGGACAAACACAUAACAGAAGAAAGACGAAAUGAGCAUAUGCUAAAAAAUUAAGUUUUUCUAUUUAUUUAUGUACAUUUCAAUAAUAUUUACCAGUUUAUCAACCGGCAAAAUGCUAUUGAUGAGGUUAUAGGCGAUAAGUCUAUGUAUGUACAUACAUAUGUAUGCAUAUACAUAUGUACGUAAGAAAUCAAAGCAAAUAAGGUGUGCCGAUGUUAGCGUGCUUAUUGAUAGACAUUCGCACGUAACGUUCUUCAUACAUAUGUAUAUACAUAUAUAUAUUAUAUAUGCUAUACAUAUGUAUGAAUGUAUGUAUACCGGUAUUUCUGUUUAUAAGCUACAAACGUUUACCAACUAAGUCAUAAUAGAAAGAGCGAGAAGCGAAAGUUUGCAAAAGUUUAUUGCCUGGAGGGAGAAGGCGGUGGGCUAGUAGAAAUAUCAGAACGACAACCCACCGAGUGAAGUAUGAAACCGACAGCUGAUAGUUUAGUUCAUUUCGGUGAUUCGUAGAGCAAAGCAGCAGCAUUGGCAAGCGUCUAAAGUUUAAAAACAUAAAAAGUGUCAAAUAAAAUAAAAUCGUAGAAAAAUGAGUGAUGCGCUAAAAAUCAUAAGUGCAGUUGUGCUCCCCAAUAUUGGUGGUGUCAUCAACGG